AGUUGCGUGGGAUUUACCCUGUGACACUAUUAAAACAACUUUGUGUUGGUACUGGCUAAGUUUGUAAUGCUAAGAAUUUCUCCCGGGCUGUGCAACAUCGUGAGCUCAGUCUUUUGCCGGGUACCACCUGCCUCGUGACGUGAUCUGGUAGCCGAGCCUUGUAGCCUCUGCAUCCACAGCUUUCAGUCUUGCUUUGGAGUUUUCAGUCGCCACCGCCUGCGGCCACGAUAAAGUUGCUGUCCUAAUAUCGAGCUGUGUUUGAGAACAUCAUUUGAAGCUCUAGACUGGGGGUGGGGUGUUAGUGGGCGUCGACGUGGGAGUUGUAAUUUGCAGUGUUUCCAUGAAAGCCUGUAGAUUGUCUCUCGCUACUGCCGCGGCAGCAUUCAGUGAUGAGGAGAAGAAAAUGGCGGCGGAAAAAGCGAGCUGCGAAAGCGAAGAGGGGUCCCUCGCCUUGACAGUGGAGGAAAGGGAGACGCUUGGUGGAUUGGACAGUCGCCUCUUUGGGUUCCUGAAUAUUCGCGAAGAUGGCGCCAGGAUGAAGACCCUACUGGGCAAGGCUGUUCACUGCUACGAAUCUUUAAUAUUAAAAGCUGAAGGAAAAGUGGAAUCUGAUUUCUUUUGUCAGUUAGGUCACUUCAACCUCUUAUUGGAAGAUUAUUCAAAAGCAUUAUCUGCAUAUCAGAAAUACUACAGUUUACAGGCUGACUACUGGAAGAAUGCUGCCUUUUUGUAUGGUCUUGGUUUGGUCUACUUCUACUACAAUGCAUUUCACUGGGCAAUUAAAGCAUUUCAGGAUGUGCUUUAUGUAGACCCUAGCUUUUGUCGGGCUAAGGAAAUUCAUUUACGACUUGGACUUAUGUUCAAAGUGAACACAGAUUAUGAAUCUAGUUUAAAGCAUUUUCAGUUAGCUUUGAUUGACUGUAAUCCCUGUACUUUAUCCAGUGCAGAAAUUCAGUUUCAUAUUGCCCACUUGUAUGAAACCCAGAGGAAGUAUCACUCUGCAAAAGAAGCCUAUGAACAACUCUUGAAGACAGAAAACCUUCCUGCACAAGUUAAAGCAACUGUAUUGCAACAGUUAGGUUGGAUGCAUCAUACUAUGGAUCUAGCAGGAGACAAAACCACAAAGGAAAGCUAUGCUAUUCAAUAUCUCCAAAAAUCACUGGAGGCAGAUCCUAAUUCUGGCCAAUCUUGGUAUUUCCUUGGAAGGUGUUAUUCAAGUAUUGGGAAAGUCCAGGAUGCCUUUAUAUCCUAUAGGCAAUCUAUUGAUAAAUCAGAAGCAAGUGCAGAUACCUGGUGUUCAAUAGGUGUGCUCUAUCAACAGCAAAACCAGCCUAUGGAUGCUUUGCAGGCCUAUAUUUGUGCUGUACAAUUGGACCAUGGGCAUGCAGCUGCUUGGAUGGACCUAGGCACUCUCUAUGAAUCCUGCAACCAGCCUCAGGAUGCCAUUAAAUGCUACUUAAAUGCAACUAGAAGCAAAACUUGUAGUAGUACUUCUACACUUGCAGCACGAAUUAAGUUUUUACAGGCUCAGUUGUGUAACCUUCCACAAGGUAGUCUACAGAAUAAAACUAAAUUACUUCCUAGUAUUGAGGAGGCAUGGAGCCUACCAAUCCCCGCAGAGCUUACCUCCAGGCAGGGUGCCAUGAACUCAGCACAGCAGAAUGGUUCUGAUAACUGGAAUAGUGGCCAAACUAUUUCACUUCAUCCAGUACAGCAACAAACUCAUUCAUGGGGUUUGACACCACAGAAAUUACAGCACUUGGAACAGCUGCGUGCAAAUAAAGAUAAUUUAAAUCCAGCUCAGAGACUGAUGCUGGAACAGCUGGAAAGUCAGUUUGUCUUAAUGGAGCAACGAAUGAGACAAACAGGAGUUGCUCAGGUACAAACUACUGGAAUUCCUAAUGGGCCAAUAUCUGACUCAUCACUGCGUACAAACUCUAUCUCUAGCCAGCAACCACAUGCAGCUCUGACCAGAGCACCUAGCAUCUCUCAGCCUGGAGUUCGCCCUGCUUGUCUUGAAAAGCCUUUGUCCAACGGACCUUUUUCUGCAGGCUAUGUUCCGUUCGGCACAUCAGAAACUCUAGGGAAUACAGACACUAUUUUGGUAGGCAAUAAUUCUAUAACAGGAAGUGGAAGUAAUGGAAAUGUGCCUUACCUGCAGCAAAACACAUUCACUCUACCUCAUAACUGCACAAACCUGACCAGCAUCACAGGAGAGCCAUGGAGAAAACAACUGUCUAACUCUGCUCAGGGGCUUCAUAAAGGUCAGAGUUCACAUUUGGCAGGACCUAAUGAUGAACAACCUCUCUUUCCCACUGGGUCUACUCAGUAUCUCCAGGCAGCUUGUACUAGUAGUCAGAAUCAAAAUGGACAUCAUACUCUGCCUAGAAAUUCAGUACCACAGGGGGAUGCUCUCAAUCACCUCUCCUCUUAUAUUGCUACCUCAGGUGGACAAAAAGGUAUUACCUUUACCAAAGAGAGCAAGCCUUCAAGAAAUAGAUCCUUGGGGUCUGAAUCAAGCAGGCAUUCUGGAAAUACAUCUAAUAGCUGUGCUGGUAUCAAGGAACUUCCUAAUCAUGUCCAUCAGGUGACGACAGUUGCUAUUUCCAGUCUUAACCAUGGAGAGUCUGUGUCACCAAAUUUAAUAAUUGCGGACAAUCCUCAGCUUUCUGCCUUGUUAAUUGGAAAAGCCAAUGACAAUGUGGACACUGGAACCUGUGGAAAAGUCAAUAAUACUCAUCCAGUUAUUCAUACAAAGACUGAUAAUUCUGUUGCUUCUUCACCUUCUUCAGUCAUUUCCACAGCUACACCGUCUCCAAAGUCUACUGAGCCGACAAGCACACACAGUGUUGCCAGCCUUAAUAGUCCUCACAGUGGGUUACACACAAUUAAUGGAGAAGGGCUAGAGAACUCACAGAGCUCUACAAAAGUAGAUCUGCCUGUAGUUAACCACAAAUCUAGUCCUCAGAUCAUACCAUCAAUGUCUGUAUCCAUAUACUCCAGUUCAACAGAAGUUCUAAAGGCAUGCAGGAACCUAGGUAAAAAUGGCUUGUCUAAUAGUCACAUUUUGUUGGAUAAAUGUCCACCUCCACGACCACCAGCUUCACCAUACCCUCCCUUACCAAAAGAGAAGUUGAAUCCACCCACACCUAGUAUUUAUUUGGAAAAUAAGCGUGACGCUUUCUUUCCUCCAUUACAUCAAUUUUGUACAAACCCAAAAAACCCUGUAACAGUAAUACGAGGCCUAGCUGGAGCUCUUAAGUUAGAUCUUGGACUUUUCUCUACCAAAACUUUGGUAGAAGCUAAUAAUGAACAUGUGGUAGAAGUGAGGACACAGUUGUUGCAACCAGCCGAUGAAAACUGGGAUCCCACUGGUACAAAGAAAAUCUGGCGUUAUGAAAGUAAUAGAUCACAUACCACAAUUGCUAAAUAUGCACAGUACCAAGCCUCUUCCUUCCAGGAGUCAUUGAGAGAAGAAAAUGAAAGAAAAACACAAAUUAAAGACUAUUCAGAUAAUGAAUCCACAUCUUCAGAAAAUUCUGGAAGGAGAAGGAAAGGACCUUUUAAAACCAUAAAAUUUGGGACCAACAUUGACCUCUCUGAUAACAAAAAGUGGAAGUUGCAAUUACAUGAGCUGACUAAACUUCCUGCUUUUGUGCGUGUUGUAUCAGCAGGAAAUCUUCUAAGCCAUGUUGGUCAUACCAUUGUGGGCAUGAAUACAGUUCAACUAUAUAUGAAAGUUCCAGGGAGUAGAACACCAGGUCACCAGGAAAAUAACAAUUUCUGUUCUGUUAACAUAAACAUUGGCCCAGGUGAUUGUGAAUGGUUUGUUGUACCUGAAGAUUACUGGGGUGUUCUGAAUGAAUUCUGUGAAAAAAAUAAUUUGAACUUUCUAAUGAGUUCUUGGUGGCCCAACCUUGAAGAUCUUUAUGAAGCAAAUGUUCCUGUGUAUAGGUUUAUUCAGCGACCUGGAGAUUUGGUCUGGAUAAAUGCAGGCACUGUGCAUUGGGUGCAGGCUAUUGGAUGGUGUAACAACAUUGCCUGGAAUGUUGGACCACUUACAGCCUGCCAGUAUAAAUUGGCAGUGGAACGCUACGAAUGGAACAAGUUGAAAAAUGUGAAGUCAGUUGUGCCCAUGGUUCAUCUUUCCUGGAAUAUGGCACGAAACAUUAAAGUCUCAGAUCCAAAGCUUUUUGAAAUGAUGAAGUAUUGUCUUCUGAAAAUUCUAAAGCAAUGUCAGACAUUGAGAGAAGCUCUUGUUGCAGCAGGAAAAGAGGUUUUAUGGCAUGGGCGGACAAAAAACGAACCAGCUCAUUACUGUAGUGUCUGUGAGGUGGAGGUUUUUAAUCUGCUUUUUGUCACUAAUGAAAGCAAUUCUCAAAAGACCUACAUAGUACAUUGCCAAGAUUGUGCACGAAAAACAAGUGGAAAUUUGGAAAAUUUUGUGGUGCUAGAACAGUACAAAAUGGAGGACCUGAUGCAAGUCUAUGACCAGUUUACGUUAGCUCCUUCAUUAACAUCUUCCUCAUCUUAAUACUGUUCCAUAAACAUGAGACCUUUCUGCUCUUCAUGAAAUACCUGUAUCACUGGUUUAUAGCUGUUGCAUAAAAUUGCUGACUCAGAGUUUUGUCUAUGCAAUGUUCCAAGAAUAGAGGGUCAGUCAACUAGACAGGAAGAGUGCUGCCUUUACUCCAAGACUCAGAAAGCUGACCCAGAUGUUUUUCAAAAAAUUAUCAUCAUCGUCAUCAUAUGUUUGUGUAUAUCUGACAAAACUGUCAGUGUUACACAGAACUAACUUGAAAAAUAACCUUUUUUCUGUGUCUGCAUUUCUAGGCCUAUGGAUAAAUUUUCAUCUGCAUUUUACUUUUUCAGGAUUUUCCUGGGGUUAAAAAUUAUGUCUUGACUGGUCAUUUCUUUGUAAUAUGGCUAACAAGUUUUUAAAAAUAUUUUUUGGAUCAACUUUUUAUUUUAAUGUAAAAAUUUGGAUGAGAAAGAUUUUUUGUUUCAAUGUAAGUUUAGAGACCAUUAUGAUUAUCCUUUGGUUUCAGAACAAAACAAAAAAUUAAUUUGCCAAGAUACAAAAGUAAUGGAUUACAUGUAGACUAAAGAAUAAACUUCAGAUUGUGAUUUUAUUUCUAAUCUUGAUACAGAUUUAAAUUAUUUAUAUAAAUACAUAUUUAUUGCUUGACAAUAUUUGUGGAUGAAAUGUUGUUAUUUUUUUCAGAUUUACUUGCCAUUAAGGAGUUUUGUAAUUUUAAACAUUACUCCUAUUACAUUUUCUACAUGUAAAUAAAACUGCUUAGCAUUGUACAGAAACUUUUAUUAAAAUUGUUUAAUGUUUAAAGGGUUUCCACCAUUAUGAGUUUUAAAAAGUCUGUAAAAACCCAAUUUGUGCUCAUAUCGAAUCAAAUGAAUACAUGUAUUUUAUGUAUGUGUGCAUAUGCACACAUAUGUAUAAUGUAUACAGAAAUACCAAUAUAUAAUUGUAUAAGCAAUUUUUAAAUUUUUUACAUCUCUGAUAGUUUUUGAGGUGCCUACUAUAAAGUAUUGCUUACCAAAAAAAAGUAUGUUUAUUUUUAAAGUUAUGUCUUUCAGUCUCAUUUAUUAAGUAGCUGUUAUUGCAAUGAUGUCAAGAAAUAAUUGCUAGCAAAAUGUAUUUUAAUAAUGGUAGGAAAAAAUAGUACAGAUAUUAAAGGGAACAUUAUAAAUUAGAUAAAUCUUAUUUUUCAUUUAAAGAUUUUUUUUAAAUGGAAAAAAAUCCAGAAUGAUGAUUUAUUUUAGAGAAUAAAUAUAUUAACUGUUUAUUUUUUAAAGUUAAAUAACAAAAUGAUAGAGGGAAAACACAAAGGAUGGGGGCAUUAAAAUUUUUUUUAUCACUACAAAGUUUUAAUAAGUUCAUAUGAACACCUUACUUUUUGUUUAAUAUUAUAAUCUCAUUUUAUAAUACCUGGCUUUUCUGCCUAUACUUUCUGAAGCAUUUCAACCUGUUUUUUUUGUUGUUGUUGUUGUUUUUGUUUUUGUACCAUGGAUUAUUGAAUUCAGGGGCACUGGACCACUGAGCCAAAUCCCCAGCCCUAUUUUGUAUUUUAUUUAGAGACGGGGUCUCACUGGGUUGCUUAGCACUUCACUUUUGCUGAGACCGACUUUUAACUCUUGAUCCUCCUGCCUUAGCCUCCUGAGCCUUUGGGAUUAUGGGCAUGUGCCACCACUUCUGGUGAAAAGCUUUAAUCUUGUGUGACACAAUACCUGGAUGAUGACAUUAAUGAAACAUGUUUUUUAGACAAUUUUUAAAUAUUUUGACAUUUUUAAAAAAAUUUAAAGACUAAAGACAUGGAGACAUUUUAUUGUUGGGUAGUUUAUAAGUAUUGAAAACCAUGAACUGCAAUCACCUAUGUAUUACUUCAGAAGAAAACAAUUGCAAUUUUCAGUAAAUGAAGAGAAGUACUAAAUGACUCCAGAUGUUUUAAAUACUGAUAUUCUUGUGCUUUUCUUGUAAAUCCUCUUGUUCAGAAAUCAUUGUCAACACAAACUUUUUUCAAACAAAAAUUAAAAAUCAACCCAGAGAGAUCAAAGAUUAUAGAAUACUAAAGCCACACCUGAAAUUUUCUUAAGCAUUUCUGCUUUUCAUUACUCUACACUAUUGUUAUGUCUCAACUUUUUGAGAUGAGUUUGUUACUACAAUCAAUAUAAAUUGAAUGUACUGAUUUAAAAUCACUUAAUUUUCCUUUACUGCAUUUGGAUUUAUUAAGAGUAAUACUUCUACUUUUCAGAGGUUAGUAUAAGUCUAAUGGAUAGAAUCAGGAAAUAAGAAACCUUUAAUCAGUAUCACUUAGGUUUAUGUAGAUAAUUGAGGUCCUCUGUUACCUAGUUUCUCUCUCUCUCUUUUUUUUUUUUGACUGUGCUGGGUAUUGAACCCAGGGACUUGUGCUUGUAAGGCAGUCACUCUACCAACUGAGCUAUAUCCCCAACCCCUAGUUUCUAUUUAUAACUUUAUCAUCCUUUCUAAGGGUGUUUAGGUUUUAAAAGAUAUACAUUCCUACUUUGUUUUGUUUGAUUUGUUCUUUUCUAAGUGAUAAAGUAGAUGCUACCCAAAUGCUUUUCACUUAAGCAAAUGUUUAUCACAGUAAGUAUUAGGAAAGAGCCAUAAUCCAAAAAGUUUCUAAAGCAGCAGUUCUUUUUGUUAAAAUAGGAACAAAGUGGGAAACUCGGCAAUAUUCUUUUUUCUUUCUCAACUAUUAAAUACAAACUUUUAUUGAAGAUUAGCUUCUAUUUCUGACAUGAUUAUGUCUUCGAACUUGCUUGUGCUAGUGUUAAAAAUUUUUUUGCUUCUUUGUUUUAAUAUUAAACAUCAUUUUUUCAAAGGAAGAAAAUUAUAAAAUAAGGCCCUGAAAAUACUGGUGUUUGAUCAACUGAGGUUUAUAAUCAGAUAAAAUGAUUUCUGCAUAAAUGAAGAUUUUUGUUCUUUGGAAAUAUGUGAGCCCUUUGUUUAGUCUUAUGUAUUUUCAUUCAUUCAGACAUUUUCUUAGUUUUAAUAGGAUACAAACAUAGAUGUGAUGUGAGAUUGCCUCCCCACCCCUCAGUACCCACAAACAUUUUGCCAUCCAAUAUGGGAGAUUCAUAGAAAUACAUCAGAUAACAAGAAUAUUACUGUUGAGCUUUGCAUUCAAGGAUGGGUUAAGUAAUCUGCUAUUCACACCUUGAGGCAUCUGAAUAGUUGGCAUAAAUAAGGAAUGAGAGAAUUAACAGAAAAUUAGUAAAGGGAGCUGAUGGCUUCAACCCCCUUUAAGUUAGACUUUCAAAUUAUCCUUACAGGUAGUAAUAGAGCUGUUAAUUUUUUUUAAAAAAGAAGUAUAUCUUGAAAAUUUCAAAAUCUUCCUGUGUAGCACACUCCAUUUGUUCUACAUAUAGAAGUUUAAAAAAUGGCUUGGGCUUUCAGAUAUUUAUAUCAUAGACUAGAGAAGUAUAAACACAGAUUUGGGAAACAUUUUAAGGAAUAACAUCCACAGAUUUCAUUAGUUCUCUUUCUAGUGGACAGGAGUGCUAAUAAAACAAUAACAGUCAAAAGACUCAAAGCAGAUGAUUAGAGUUUACCUGGAGAAUAUACAGGAAAUUUUAAUUUAUUUAGAAGAAAAUGGUAAAUAUGUGGCUAUGGGAUUUAGGUGUAGAUAUUAAUGUGUUGGAGUACAUCUAAGAAGUGAAGAGGGAUGAAGCAAGUAUACCUGGUAACAGCACAUAGAUCAAAGGAAAUAGAAAAAAGUCAAAAGAGUAGGAAGAAACGUUUUUUAAAACCAUUCCUACAUCAUAUUGAAUAGAAACUUGAAGAGAUUAUUUUGAAUCACAAGGUUUCUGUGAUGUUAGAUUGAGCAGUUUCUGUGAGAUUGUGGUAUAAAACCUGAUUACCAUAAUUGAGAAAAGGUUUUCAAUUGGGUGGGUCUUUGUGGAAAUACUGGAACUUGAGAUAUCUUUAGGUUUAUCAGAUUACCAACUUAAAGCAAAAUUUUGUAGUAUUUAUCUAAUGUAUUUUGGGGGCGGGGGGGCAGGGAAGGGAGGGAAUACCAGCAUUGAACUUGGGCACUAGACCACUGAACCACAUCCCCAGUCCUAUUUUGUAUUUUAUUUAGAGACAAGGUGGUUUUGAACUCACAGUCCUGACUCAGCCUUCCAAGUGUACAGUCCAUACUGAUAUUCGUGUUUCUAUAUUUGAAACGAUCCAAAUGAUGUUUUUGCUUUGAAAGAAUAUAUUCUGACUUAACAGUACCUACCAUUUACUGUGUACUUGGAAAAUAUCUUACUAAGUUCUUUCCACAUAUUUUCCUGUUUAACCCUAACAGUGAUCCUCAGAGGAAGAUAUAGCAGUUAUAUUUUUAUUUUGUCAGUAAAGAACUAAAAAGUGGAGAGGUCACUAAAGGUUCAGACUUGAUCAGACCAACAUCAGUUGUGACCUGUGUCUCACAAUAGGAAAUUGGAAUUCCUAAAUACUUGCAAGACAGUUUUUGAAGAAAUUUUUUCAUUUGGUGAUUUUGAGUUGGGGGACCUAUAAAUAAGCAUAUAUGUUUUGAUGUAAUUUUUAUUUUCACAUAAUUGAAUAUAUAGUCAUAAAUCUGAAGAUCAUAUGUACUUUUUACUCAUUUUCAUCCAGUGGUAGCAUCUUGCAAAACUAAAAUGUCUCAGUGCUGACAUCAAAAAACAUUCAGAAUUGCAUUAGGACUGUAGUGUUGUUCAGGUUGACCUAAUAUAAUAGUUCAAACCAUCUCCAUCUCCUGCCCCUCACUGUUACCUGUCACCUCUAGUUACAUAUUGAUAUAGUCUCUAUUUUAUUUGCCAUAUCAAGAAUGUUUUAUAAAAAGUCAAAAAAAAUUUGUAACCAGUGGGGAUGGUCCUGUUUUCAUAAACUAGAGUUCCCUGGAGAUAUAGCUUCAGUUCCUUUUAUGUAGUUUUUUUUCUUCUUUAUAUCCCUUGUAUAGAUAUACUACCUUUCAUGUAGACAUUACUAUAAACUGCCUCUCACCCCAAAUUCUUGUGUUGAAAUUCUGUCCUGUGAUUGAUGGCACAGAAGUUGUUCCCAUUGGGAAGUAAAGCAGUCAUGUGGGAUUAACACCCUUCAUGAAUAGGAUUACACUCAUAAAAAUGAGAAUCAACUUGCCCUUCUAGUCAUGUAAGGACAGCAAGAAGAUAUCCUGUUAAAGAAAUGAGUCCAGAUCUAGUGUAACUAGUUCCCCAAAUUGUGAGGAAUAUUUGUUUUAAAGUGGCACAAUUGUUAAUGCUGCUGUUUGCUUUUGAAACUAGAAGACCAAAAGGCCUAAGAUAUUUACCCAUUGAAGGAUAUAUGUAUUGUUUCCUGUUUGGGGACUAUUCUGAAUAAAGAUUGUAUGUUUGUGUACAGAUUUUUAUGCAUUCACAUUUUAAUUUCACUGGGAUAAAUGCCCAAGAGAAAAUUCACUGAGUCAUUUAUAAAAUGCAUAUUUUAGUUAAAAAAUAAACUUCCAG